UGAAAUACGAGACGUGUUUUUGAGCCAUCCUAAAAUAACCCGGAUCUCGCGGGCAUAUUUGUAGGCAGCCAAAAUCCGGGAGCGAGUGGGGUCCUUAGCCUUGGGUGUCAUUGGUGAAUGACCGAAGAUGUCUCACAGCAGGUUGUUUGCCAAGCUGCUUUUGCAGCAGAGUGGAGUCAGGCAUUGUUAUACGGGUUCAAGAAAGAACCUCUACAUCACUAAGGACACAAAGGUCAUCUGCCAAGGUUUCACGGGGAAGCAGGGGACGUUUCACAGUCAGCAGUCGCUUGAUUAUGGCUCCCAGUUAGUCGGAGGAGUUUCCCCUGGUAAGGGCGGGAAGACGCACCUUGGCCUGCCGGUCUUCAACUCAGUCAAGGAGGCGAGGGAGGGCACAGGGGCAGAUGCCACUGUGAUUUAUGUACCCCCUCCGUUCGCGGCGGCGGCCAUCAUCGAGGCCAUCGACGCCGAGAUGCCCCUGGCGGUGUGCAUCACCGAGGGCAUCCCCCAGCAGGACAUGGUGAGGGUCAAACAUAAGCUGAUGCGCCAGGGGACCACCCGCCUCAUAGGCCCCAACUGCCCAGGAGUCAUCAACCCUGGAGAAUGCAAGAUUGGCAUCAUGCCCGGCCACAUUCACAAGAAAGGAAGAAUUGGUAUCGUCUCCAGAUCGGGUACCCUGACGUAUGAAGCUGUGCACCAAACUACUCAAGUCGGCCUGGGCCAGUCACUCUGUGUUGGUAUCGGCGGGGAUCCGUUUAAUGGCACAAACUUCAUAGACUGUCUGGAGGUGUUCCUGAAAGAUCCCAAAACGGAGGGCAUCAUCCUGAUCGGAGAAAUCGGAGGGAAUGCAGAGGAGAAUGCAGCCGAAUACCUGAAAGAGCACAACACUGGUGCUAAUGCAAAGCCCGUGGUGUCCUUCAUCGCGGGACUAACCGCUCCCCCCGGGCGUAGGAUGGGGCACGCAGGCGCCAUCAUCGCUGGCGGAAAGGGUGGAGCCAAAGAGAAGAUUGCAGCCCUCCAGUCUGCUGGAGUUGUGGUCAGCAUGUCCCCUGCUCAGCUGGGCAGCACUAUGUCCAAGGAGUUUGAGAAGAGGAAGAUGUUGUAAAUUGUGCGAGAAGGCAACUGACCUUUUACCCCCCCCCCACCCGCGCCAGAAUUGAGACGAGCAGCCGGAUUCAGGAGGUGGAUAUGCCCUGCAGUGUCUGAACACCCUGAUCAUUUCAACUGCGAAGCGCACAUACAGUGUUUAUAUUGUAAUUUCUGCCAUGAACAUGUACCUUGCACAUAAGGAAAGAAUAAAACAUCACUGGCCUCCUAAAGAACUAAUUGUACACAAUGUAGUCGCUUUUUAGAUGUGGUUUAUGUGUGUGUGUUUUUUUUCCUUCCUCCACACAGUGUGUGCAGCUGAAGAAAGUAUGCCGUAGUGAUCAGUUUCAUUCUGUUAUGCUCAUGCUGUAAGAUGUAUUUCAUUGCCCGAUCCACUGGCUGCCCACCUGAAUAAGAAGUAUUUCUCAUUUCA